GUCAGGACGUCCGAUUUAUGAAGGCGGGCGAGAAUGAGUCGUCGACUGAUCGGCUGGGCUCUAGUGAUUGGCUUCGGAGUUCUCAAUGGCUACACAACUUUCAAACCAGCUUUCGAAGAACUAGAACUGGAAAAGCUCAGGAAAGCGGAACGUGAUGCUGCCGACCUUGGACCCAAUAUGAUCGAGAUACCCGCGCAGAAUAAGGAACUCGGAGUGGUGGCGCAAGCAGUCAAAUCGGACAGGAGUCAGAGAAUCGACGGCUGAAACCGGGGACUCAUGUGCAGGGCAUAUAAAGAGUAUGCUAUGGACACGGUGCAAGGCGGAAGGCGAGCACAGAAGAAAUAUGGACAUACGUGAAAGCGCAGCGAUGCCAGGCUUCACGAAACCCUGUAUUGGCUGCCUCCGCGGCAAACAUCAGCGUGAUCGGACGGCAUCCCUUCAUCUGUCCUCAGUCCAGUCCACAUGCUGCACCAGCAUACAACUUCUGUCAGCGCUUCAAGAACUAGCCCGCUAGUCUAGCGAACAAGAGCAAUACCUCGCAACGAGGCCAGAUACGCACGACGUUCUCAACCAGCCUGAGAGAGGGCCGAAACCCCUCCCACUCGUACGAGGGUUGUCUAUUUUGACUUUCCAUACUUCGUUCGACUCACCGCCACUGAUAAACACCAGAAUCCAGAGCGUUCACGGGAGUCGUCAAGUCUGUCGGGAAGCUUGAAGAUAUGAAUGUGUUCGGAUCUGAGCCGUUGGAUUUGUGAACCGGAAGGCAUAUCGACGUCCGACAGCUGAGUAGCAACAGCGUUCACAGCUCGAAGGCAACCACCGUUCGGAUCACCCAUGCUCAACCUCAGCCACACAUCAGUAGCCUCGGAGUGGCCUAUCGCAAAGCUGAGUACAAGCUACGCUGGCUGGGCAUGAUCCCAGAGGACGAUAGUCGAUGAUAUAUUCCAGAUGACGUGCCACUGUCAAAACGAGUAUCUUUGCUCGGUUUUACAUUAUAGGAACAUAGGGUACAUGAUGGUGGCACCUAAGUGGGUGCUUCCAAUAUCAACGUUGCAAAAUCGAU